AUGUUUUUGAGAAGUACUAGAUUGAUGCGUCCGUUUACCAGGAUGUACCAUCCGAAGGUGAUAGAGCACUACACCAACCCUAGGAAUGUGGGGUCUAUGGACAAGACUCUGCGGAACGUCGGCACGGGUGUGGUCGGUGCGCCAGCGUGUGGUGACGUGAUCAAGCUGCAGAUACAAGUGAACGACAACACUGGGGUGAUAGAGGAGGCCAAGUUCAAGACAUUCGGCUGCGGGUCCGCCAUCGCAUCGAGUUCGUACCUGACAGAGCUGGUCCAAGGAAUAACCAUCGAGGACGCCGAAAAGAUCAAGAACAUAGAGAUCGCAAAGGAGCUGAGUCUCCCUCCCGUCAAACUGCAUUGUUCGAUGCUCGCAGAGGACGCCAUCAAGGCCGCGGUGAGAGACUACAAGACCAAGAGAAGCUCAACAACCCUCCACUAA